GGGAGGCGCGGCUCGCCUGGGGCACGGCAUGACCCCCCGGCCGGUCUUACUGCUGGAGGCGGCCGCCCUGCUGCUGGGCGCGGGCAUCGCGGCCGCCUCUUCUCACGUCCUGCGCUAUUUCUUCACUGGCGUGUCAGAACCAGGCCAAGGCCUGCCCCGGUUUGUCAUUGUGGGCUACUUGGACGACCAGCAGUUUGUCCAGUAUGACAGCAAUUCCCGGAGGGACCUGCCGCGCGGGCCCUGGAUUCAGAAGGUGGAGGAAGCCGACCCCCAGUAUUGGGACUGGCAGACGCAGCUCUCCCGCAGCUGGGAACUCUAUUUCCGACUGAGCCUCUGGAACCGCUUCAACCACACCCCGGGCUUUCACACCUGGCAGUGGAUGCACGGGUGUGAGCUACGCCAAGACGGGCAUAAGGCAGGCAGUUCCCAGUUUGGCUAUGAUGGAACAGACUUUCUCAGCCUGGAUAAAGAGACCCUCACCUGGACAGCGGCUGACUGGCGGGCCCAGGUGACCAAGAGGAAGUGGGAGGCCGACCCGGUCUGGACCCAGGGACGAAAGAAUUUCCUGGAAGGAGACUGCAUUGAGUGGCUACAGAAAUACCUGAAUUACAGCAAGGAGACCCUACUCAGAAAAGAGCCCCCGGUGGUCAAGGUCACCCGGAAAGGGAGCUACAACGGGCUUGAGACCCUCAUCUGCCGACUCCACGGCUUCUACCCCAAAGAGGUUGAUGUCACUUGGAGGAAGGAUGGGGAAAUCUUGGAGCAGGAGACCCUCCGGGGCGGGAUCACCCCCAACUCUGACGGGACCUACCACACCUGGCUCAGCAUCGAGAUCGACCCCAAGGGCAGGGAGCAUUACAAGUGUCACGUGGAGCAUGACAGCCUUCAGGACCCCCAGGAUUUCGCCUGGGAGGAGCCUGUUUCACCUGCAAUAGGGGCCCUUGUGGGCGGUGUCCUAGGCGCUCUGGCGGUGGCUACCCUGAUGGCAGUUGGGAUCAUAUUCUACACCAAAAAAUGGAGGAAGGGCUACCAAGCUGCAUCAAGGAACAGCCAAGAAUCUGUUUCUUCUGGCAAUGAUAUAGUGGAAUGACGUGCGAAUGAUUAUCACUCCUCUGGAUCAGCAGUGAGUCCCCACCUGAAGCUGGCCAGAUGUGCUGGAGCUGCAACGCCCAGAAUUGCAACCCAGGGGGAUGUUCAAUCGGCAGACUGGCAUCUCUAGCAUCUUUUUUCUUCCUCCCAGUCCUGUGGUUCUGAUGAUCCCCCGGGGGAGUCCACUGAUGCUGGAUUAAAUUUUCUUCACUUGCA